UCGCACCGCACUACACUUCCACCAUGGCCACAUUAAUGGACAUCUGGUGCCUCCUCAUCGAUCACAAGAAGGAGCCCAUCGGAACACUCUUCACAGUCAAGAUAUCUUCUGAUGCCGAUGUCAAUGACUUGAGGGCUAAGGUCAAGGAAAAGAGAUCAGUCGACACUGCUGGUGUUGACUCUGCCAGACUCAUUGUAUGGAGAUGCAUGGACUCGACCAUUAUUUUUGAUGAUGAAGACCCCAAAACGUUGAAGGAUCAAGUCAGCGAGGCCUUCUCCAACCAGAAACUCGAAGUACUUCGUGUGAGCGAGACGAUAGCAGAUCUAAAGCUUUCAAAAGAAGAGACACUGCUCGUGCAGAUGCCUGAACCCAUAGCUGUCCCAACUGUUGCUCAAGCUUGGAAGCGGAAGAAGCAUGAUGAAAUCAUGACUCCCUCAAAGCGCACGAAGACGUACGAGGAAGAGCAGGAUAAGAAUGUCGAAGCGGCAAAAAAAGCCCCUACGCCGUCCCAAGCUGCUUCCCUUAGGCAGUUCGAACACAUUCAGAAGGGACCCGGAUGGGUUCUUAACGGGCGCCCUGCUCAACGCGUCGGGCCUCCGAUCGGCCUUUACCAUCCAGUCUUUGACGAGUUCAAGGAGAAGCUGAAAGGCGAUGGUGAAAUAUCCCUGGACGUCAGGCGACUCGUACGAGAGUUCAUUACCGCCAGUGCCAGCGUAUAUCAAACAAAGGAAGACCGGAUGAAGGGCAUCCAGCAUACCUUGGGCAAGCUCGUCGGAGGACCAUUAGAGAAAGUCGUUGGCGAAGGGUUCGCGAGCGACCGGGUCCUCCUUGCUGCCACAAAUGAGUGGUCCGCGAAGAUUCUCAUUUGCGAAGUAAAGAACGAGAUCGGGACCGGCAUUGUAGACCCUUACACGCAGGCGUGCCUUGCCUACCAAAGAUACUCUUCUGACGAUGAUAAGUAUCUGCCCCUUCGCCGGAAAAGCUACUGCCCCUGCAUCAUCCUCGCAAUCGCCGGUCCUUGGCUAUGCGUGGCAGGGGCUGUCUAUACACGAGCACCCAUCGUCCAACCGCUCACAGGUUAUGAGUGGACGGCGCCGGAGUGUCUGUUCGACGAUCAGUCCCGGCUCGAACGAAUGGUCCAUUCUUUGAAUGCUGCCACGUGCUCGUUUCGGACAUACUACACGUCGACGUUGCUCAAGGCCAUUCCGGCUGCAGAAGGGAUGCACGGCUUCCCAUACAUCUCCAGCUAUGACGGGAACACCUUUUCGUAUGUAGAACAGCUCGGCGGCAAUGACGCACAAGUCUUCAAAGUGAACGAAGGGGGUGUUUUACGAGUUGUCAAGUUCACGACACAGUACAACGAAGCGGCGCACAGGUUCCUCUCUGAAGAGAUCGAAGGUGAAAGCUUCGCUCCGGCUCUGUACCACGUCAGUCAACGCACGUUCGGCGGACGACGGAUGGUUGUGAUGGACUAUGUGGAUGGAGAAUCGGCAUUUGGUAGGACGCUCACGGAAGGUCACUUUGAUCAGCUCAAGAAGGCGCUUGAGCGCUUGCACACUAAGGAGCUGGUCUUUGGGGACCUUCGAACGCCAAAUAUUAUACUCAAGAAAGAACAUGUGAUGCUCAUCGACUUUGACUGGUGCGGAAUUGAUGGCAAAGCAAACUAUCCCAUCGACCUCAACAGCAGUGCCGGAUGGGUGACUGGUGUCGGUCCGGGUGAGGUGAUGCGGAAGGAACACGACGAUGCGAUGCUACAGAAGCUGCAGCUGGCCGAGAUGGUUUGAUACCAUGCUAUUCCCAGGCCAUGCACUAUUACAUUCUCAUAGAAAGAAGAGAAUUGAUUACCAUGGCGCCUUGUUCUUGUAAAAACCACGUUUUGUUGACUUAUCGGCCAACAGUUUGAU